GAAAUAUAUAACAAUAAUAAUAAUAAUAAUGAUUUAUUAGAUUAUAAUAAUACUGGAAUGUUUGCCAAUAUUAAUAACUUCACACUUUAUGGAUCGAAUCCAUUUAUUAAAUCGGUGUCUUCGGAAAAGAUGAGUGAAUAUGCCGGAUCAUUCUAUAACAAACUACCAAGAUACGAUAUCUACGCUAGAUCAAUCAACAACACAUUCAAUCCAAAUAAUUCCAGUUAUGUAGAGUCUGUACUACUCACUGGUGCACCAUUCGCUUUGGUAUCAUUAUUGGCAGUAUUGACAAUUGUAUUUACAUCAAUUGGAAUGAUUAUAUAUUGUAUUUGUAUCAGACCAAAGUCAAAGAUGCAUUACCAAAUUUGUUUCUUACUUGUUGGAAUGUUUACCAACUAUGAUUUGGACAAUGCCAUCAAUGUUUCAAUUGAUAAUCUACAGGCCAAUAUCCAGGAUCGAUCAAAUAUCGAGUCGAGAGUGGUGGAUGAGGCAGUGAAGCUAUCCAUCUAUCAUCAUCUACCUUAUGAUGCAUUCCAGGUGAUAUCCAUGACACAAGAUGUAUUGGAGUGGACAAACAAAUCGCAAGAGUACAUUCAUCACUAUGAACAGAUCAGAUAUGACUUUGUCGGCUCGUCCAUCAUGGCACUGUUGGCAGCGGUCGCGCUCGGACUCCUGGCCGUGCUGUUUAGGAGCCGAACGGUUAUGAUCAUCUUUGUCACGUUCGGUGUGAUAUUGAGCACCGUCCUAUGGGUCGUGCCAGCGGCCCAUGUACCAAUGGGUGUGGUCAUCAGCGAUAUAUGUCCACAACUACAGACGAUCGUUCAAGAGAAUGUUCCAGAGGAUGUCCAACCAUAUGUUAACUUCUUCCUAACAUGCAAUGACUCGACCAGUUUCCAAUUCGUCGAUGACAUGCUUGCCAGUGCAAUCCGUGACGAGGAGACCAAGCUCAACUAUGCAAUCAGACAUCACUAUCCCAAUGAUACCAUUGACCAGCUUCAAUUCAAGAUCGCAGAGCUCAAGAACUUGACCAUUGACUCCAAAGACAUCCUCAACUGCAAUAUUACAUCCAUAGCCUAUCUCUCAAUCCAGAACAUUGUUUGCAUUGAGAUACUG